GACAAGCUUGUCUUCCAUCCCAUUGGCUCUGUUUCAGACCAUGGAAAGACGGCUAGUCAGUAACGACUGGUUGCAUGCAUUGAAUUGGGGCUGCUAAUGCUGACUCUGGGUAGAACAUGGCCGCUGUUGCAGCCCACGAGGCCGACGAUGUCACCCCGGUCAAGCUGCUUAAAGCAUCCAAGACCAAGCAACUCAAGCCUAUCAAGAUCGAGAAGUCGUUCACUGUCAAAACCAGUGGCAAAGCCUCCGACUCCGGGGACCCAUCCGAUGACCCUAAGCCCUCGGGCAGUCCUCGAAUUCCCCUCGUCUGCAUUGUCUGCCCGAGCACCCCACGCUUCUCCGACCUGUCCCAUCUUCUGACCCACCUCAGUUCCAAGGGCCAUCUUCAGACCCAGAACGAUGUGAGAAUUCGCUCCAAUGAUGACCUUGCCGCCUCGGAGGCAAUCGCCACCUACGAUAAGUGGUACAAGGACUAUGGUAUCGAGCGUAUGCUUGCAGAGCGUCUCAAGGCUAAGGAUGAGAAGGCGAGAGGUAUCUCGCGACCUGGACAGCAAGCUUCUCAGACCCUCAAGAGAAAGAAGGCUCGUUCGAUCCUUGUCAAGCGUGAGGGUGAUAACUCGAUGUUCACGCCUCCUCCCACUGGUCGGCUCCUUGGCCAGCAGCAGGCCAUCACGUACUAUGGCGACAAUGACAAUGUCUCGGCUUCGACUCCCACCGAUAACUCCACUGAGUGGAGCCCCGAUGACUUGGAGUCUGCCAGACUCAAGGGAACCGUCUGGCCGGGCAUGGGCAUCUUUGAUGCCGCCACUCCUGACCAGAAGAAACAGCGCAACCAGCGCAAGGACGCCUCUGUGCUUCGCAAGAUGGAGCUUUCGUCUCAGGCAAUCACCACCAUGGAGAUAGUGGCCAAUCUGGACUUGGAGUUCGAGAGAACUCGUGAUGUCUACGACGCACCUUCCGUCGAGGGAACUCCGGUUAGUUAAAUCAUAGGCUAUUUGGCAAAGAAGCAAUCCACUAAUCACCCUGAUCACUCAA